CACUGAUUGUGAAAGCUCAGAGGAGAAGCAGCGAAUGGGACAAACUGAGUGGAACGCUAAAGAAUAGGAGUCCGUCCCUGUGAGUCAGGAACAUCACUGAUGACAAUUUAACAUUAAUGUAGUCGCUGAUCUGAGUGCACCAAGGCAGUUUGGAGACGGUUUGAAGAAGGAAAAGGACAUCUGCAAAACUUUUCCCGAAAAGAGAGAAAGAGCCUCUUACAAGCGCCAAAGUUGCUGGUCGUCAGGAAAACUUUUGUGCUGCCCUUCACCAGAUGAAUAGAGGACAAUAUCGUGGAUAAAACCAUAAUUAGCUGUCUGAAAUGGAGCAGGAUCGGAAGUGGGGAGACACUGGAAAACCGGGUGAGGAGUGGAGGAGCCACGGCGAGCAGCAGCAGCAGCAGCAGCAGAAACCGCCGCUUUGGAGAAACUGGAGAGAUUUGUCUGGCGUAGCGAUUUGCAUCGUACUAUCUGUCCUUUGCCUUGGAGUUUGCAUUGUGGUUUUUGUGCGGACCUCGGAAUUGCAGUCCAGGAUUGUAAGUCUGGAGCAGCAGCAGCGGGACGCGCAGCUCUCCGCGUGGAGGUUGUCUCUGGAGCAGGUGGAGCCCAUAAUCCUUGGCCGACUGGACCAGAUCCUGGAGGAGAAACUUGCAGUAAAACUACCGAAGACUCGGGAGGUGAGGGAAGCUCCCCACAGUUGCCUCUGUCCCCCAGGACCUCCAGGUCCACCUGGACGAGCAGGCUUUCCGGGAGCACCAGGCGAGCCAGGUCUGUCUAUCAUUGGACCAAGAGGACCUCCUGGCCAACCUGGAACAAGAGGAUUUCCAGGCUUUCCAGGGCCAAUUGGGUUGGAUGGCAAGCCUGGACAGAAUGGACUGAAGGGAGACAUGGGUCAGCGUGGUCCUAAAGGACAGCCAGGGGAACCUGGAUCUAAAGGGGAGAAGGGCGUCUGUGGAGAUUACACACACCGGGGCCUCUUUGCACAGGAUGUUCCAUUGAAAACCCUGGCCGCCUUGCGCUACAAUCAGGCUGUGAUGUUGAAGCAGGGCGAGCCUGGAGCGCAGGGACCCCCGGGACCUCCAGGACCCCCUGGACUGCCAGGAACACCAGGCUUGAAUGGAGCCAGUGGCUCCCCGGGUAAACCUGGUGAGCCGGGAAAACCAGGAAAAGACCUACGGCUUUUACCAGGACUCAAGGGUGAGCCAGGUGUGCCAGGACAAAAGGGUGAUCAAGGCGAUGUAGGCCCACCAGGUCCUGAUGGCCCAAAGGGAGUUAAAGGUGACCAAGGAAUGAAGGGAGAACCAGGUUUCCCAGGCACUCCUGGGUUAAAGGGCCAGGCUGGCAUCUCUGGUACCCCUGGCAUCCCUGGCAAGAGGGGCUACAGGGGUGAGAAGGGAGAGCCAAGCAUUGCUGCCCAAGGAAUAAAAGGAGAACCAGGUUCAUUGGGACUGCCAGGCCUAAUGGGGCCCAAGGGUGAAAAAGGUGACCACGGAGACAAGGGGGAAGUAGGUCCCGAAGGCCCAGCCGGAACAAGAGGUCCUCAGGGCCCAACUGGGGAGCCGGGAAAGGCUGAAAUCCACAAUAAUGAAAAUGAUAUUCACAACAUACCCCUGAUGGGUCCCCCUGGAUUACCUGGACCUCCAGGGCCCCCUGGCCUCACUGGUGCGAAGGGUGAAGUUGGACUACCAGGUCCACCAGGACUGGACGGUGAGAAGGGGCCCAGAGGAAAGCCUGGAGAGCCUGGUCCUGCAGGUCCCAGAGGGGAGGACGGUGUCGAAGGCUUCCCAGGACCCAAGGGGGACAUGGGUCCAGCUGGAUCACCUGGUCCUAAAGGCGAAUCUGGAGAAGGAGCUAGGUCAGAAAGAAUCUAUGGUCCUCCAGGGCCCCCAGGACCUCCAGGACCAGUUGGCCCAGCAGGAUCUCAAGGACCUUCAGGGCCUAAGGGAGAGCCAGGCAUAGGCAUCAGAGGAGAAAAGGGAGCAACAGGUCAGAAGGGCGAAAAGGGAGACAGAGGCCAUCUUGGACUGCCUGGGGCUCAUGGGUUAGAUGGCAGACCAGGCCCAGUGGGUCUAAUAGGACCAGCAGGUGUGCCAGGGCCAGCAGGACCAAAGGGAGAUAGAGGUGAAAAGGGAGAUGCAGGAUUACCAGGACCAACUGGGCCUCAAGGCAUCCCUGGUUUAGUAGGACCACAAGGACUCAAAGGGAACAGGGGAGAGAGGGGCAAGAAAGGCAACAGGGGGGCCAAAGGGGAUAAGGGAGACCAAGGAGCACCUGGAUUAGAUGCCCCCUGUCCUUUGGGUUUCCGUGGCUUUAAAGGGGAGAAAGGUGAACCAGGCUUGCCAGGCCUGGACGGGCUGGAUGCCCCUUGCCCUGUGGGGGACGAUGGCUUACCUGUACCAGGAUGUUGGAAUAAACUUCUGUCUGAAGCUGUUGAUGUGUUUGGACUGUUCAUAUCAUCUUCCAAACAUCAAAAGUGAACUGAGAGGAAAGUUGGACAGUUGGUUGAUGUGAAAAAAAUUUGGGCCUACAUCUUAUCACAUUUUCUAUCUGAACGCGUCAAUUUACUUUCUGCCUGAAAUUUUACAUUUCUUUUUUGCACAAAUAUGGAACAAACACAUUUUUUAUACAAAAAGUUUCUUCAUUUGUCUUAUUUACUUGGCUUGCUUUUAUGCAAACAAGGAAGAAAUGUAAGUUUUGAUCAAUUAUCUAUCCAAUUUUCUAGCUAUUUGUCAUGGUUUUAGUUCGGUAGCUUGUUUAUAACUAGAAAGACAAUUUCCUUAUUCUUAGGUCUAAGGUCAUUACUUUCUGCAUUGGAGCACCCCCGAGAGCAUUAUUUGCCACUGUAGAUGGAAAUUCAUAACUUGGGUAUUAUUCAUCAACUCUGAUUCAUGCCACUGAUUGGUUGUUCUACAUACCAACAGUGGCCUAGGCUCAUUGUUAUUAUAGAGCCAUGGUAAACUAGUACAUGCACAAUAUAGUUUCUCAGAAAUUAUGUUCAAUAUAUAUCAAUAUGUCAAUAAUUCAAACUGGUGACAAUAACAUAAAGCUAUUUCCAAAAGUGAUUUUCCCCAUGUGAAAAUUUCAGAUUUUUUCUGUAAUGAUCUUCCUCAAUGUUGCUUGCAUCCUUAAUGAUGCAGGGACAUCCUUGGUAUGGACAUCCCUCACAUUGGGGAAAAAGACUCAAACAAAAUUCAAACGAAACGUUAACACCAUCUUCAUUAUAUGUACAGUGUCAGUUUUCAAAAUAUUUUCUUUGGUUUUGCAUCAUAUUUGGAAUGUGACAAUGUUUAGGUGGAAAAUAUUUAGUUAACCUGCUUUAUUUAUGUAUUUCAAAAAGAAAUAUAGAUGUAUAAUUUGUUUUGAUUUGAAAUUCUGUAGGUGUCAAAUAACAACAAUAACUGUAAGUGGGCAUUAUACAGAUUUUGCAUGUUAUUGUUUACCCUGUACGAAGCACUACUGAAGUUUGUUUUUUCUUAUAUUGGUUAUGGAACUUUGCAUAUACUGAACAUUUGAUAUUUUUUCUGCAUAGUCAAAAUAAAUCUGACAGCUGAGUGACCUUUGUCUACCAAUUCUGUGCUACCACAAUCUCAAACCGACAUGUAUACAUUUGUUUAAGAUUCAAUAUGACUUCCAACCAAUAAGGUAAUGAUAUUGUUUUUUGCUUUCCAAAAGAAUUUAUUUUUCCUUUUUAUAAUCCAAACAUGGCAGCUGUUGUUACUGAUUGCCAAUCAGAUUGACUGCUAAUU